AUGGUUUCCUCUUCCCUGAAGCAGACCAGCGCGGAGACCUACACCGUUGGCCACGAGGAGAACUGGAGCACCGGCUUCAACUUUCUGUCGUAGGUCAACGCCGCCCCUCCCCCGCUUCCGCUUCACCUGACCCUCAGCCACGGAUCGUGUGGCCCGGCGGCGCAGACUUCAGCUAAAUUAAUGGCCAACACGAUGAAUAGGAGUUAAGGACGGAGACCUUUCCAAUGUGCGACUAGACCGCGGGGGGUGAUCAGGACUCGCACCAGCGGCCGGGACAGCGUGACCUUCCGGAGGGCGAGGAACUGCUGGUUCGUCGGCAACAUCCCCGUUUGCCGCCUUGGCCGCAUGAUGUUCGGCAUAACUGUGAAGGACAUCGACGGCAGCGCCACCUGGUUUCCGGCCCGCCAACGGCGUUGA